GAGGAAAUCUUGCCAAGACGAGGAUCUUCGGAUCUCCGUGCGUGUCGAUGGAGUAUUUGAAAUUAGUGUGGUUGAUUAGGUUGUGAGUCGAACUUCUUUUUGGAACCUUGACUCACACUGUUUGGCUAUUUCGAAUCUAUAAAUGCGGCGAAUUUACCUUGCAUUCUAAACGACGACGAUCAAGGUUAAGGUCACUAGUCAGCUUGGAAGCCCGAGACUUCUGUUUGGUCUGAACCUCUGUAUCACGUCCAAACAAAGCACAUGUGUCGCGCUCAAUUCUAUAGGGCGUUUGGCAUCAACAACUUCCAAAACCCGGUCUUUUGAGCGCAUUGCCUCGACAGGAGAAGAGCAUUAAGCACACAAGCGACAACAAGAUAUCAAGACGAAGAAACUCCAAUGGCUGUAAAGUCUGAAAUGGAGUUCACUCCGGAACUCUACCCACAAUUUCCAUCAACGUUGCCGGGAUAUGAUUUUCCCAUCGCCUCAUUGGAGACGAUAUCCCUCAAGAAGCUGCAACAAGACAACGAGACUACCGAGCAGCACCGCCUGUUAGAGGCAUGCAAAUCUCAAGGCUUUUUUUACUUGGAUUUGACCGGCUGCAACGCUGGACAAACAAUUUUUCGCGGCGCACAUCAAGUCGCUCAGAUUGCCGAAAAGGCGUUCAAGCUCUCAGAGCAGGAAAAGCUAAAAUAUGUCUACCAGGCUGGUGAUCUCUUCGGGUACAAACGCAUCGGCUUGACCAAAGUCGACGAGAACUCGACUCCCGACACGGCCGAAUUCUUCAGCAUCUCGAAAGAUGUCAUCUGCAAGACUUCCGGCUGCUCCGAUGCCUUAGCAGUACCUUAUCCGGAGGAAAUCAUCUCUGCGGCCCCUGUAUUGGCAGAAUACAUGCACACCGCGCACUCGGUUGGCCUACGUAUCCUCAAGAUCCUCUUCGAGCAUCUCGGAGUACCUGGCAGCGCCGAGGCAAUCGCCUCCCGCCAUGCCUUUGAUGAGGUCGCCGGCGAUCACGUCCGCAUGAUCCGGGGUCCUGCCCGGCGCGACGCCGCGUUGCCGGAGAUCCAGACGCCUGCUCAUACUGACUUUGGGAGUGUGACGGUGCUGAUGAAUUGGCUAGGAGGGCUACAGAUGUGGUCGGAAGGAUCCUCUUCUGCCGCCAGAGAAGCAGUCCCAGGGAAAGGAGCAGAAGAAGGGAAAUGGCUCUGGGUUCGACCACAGGCCAACUGUGCAAUCAUCAACCUCGGCGACGCAGCGGGCAAAUUCUCCAACGGCGUGCUGCAGUCUGGGCGACAUCGUGUCGUGCCGGCGCCGGGCGAGCAAGGACUGUGGCCACGGUACAGCGUGGUCUAUUUCGUGCGGCCGAAUGAUGAGUGCGUACUGCGGACGCUGGAAGGGAGCGGGAUUCCGGCGCGGAGGGAUCGUGGCGGUGAAGGUGCGGGAGAUGAGGAUGAGGAUGAAGAAGUAACGGCCAAACAGUGGAUUUUUCGUCAGGCGGAGAGGCUGAGGAACGGUAAGCGAUGAGUGGAAAUAUGUCCGAGUCUCCCCCUCGAGAAUUGCAUUGGAAGGUGUCGUCAUGAAAACUACGUGUCCCACCAUAUCGUGCGACGGGGGAAUCACCUUGUUCGUCAAGCUUACCCAUAAUUUGUAGAGUAAAGUCGCAAGGCGAGAUGUAUAGAAUCCUCAUGCAUGUGAUGUAUACGAGUGGCGAAUUAAGGAAGGUGAAUGAUUUGGAAUCCGCGGAGUGCGAGACGGUUGCAGGGCGACCUCAAGUUGAGAGCUGGCUUGAAUUGAGAUGUAACGACAGACAUCACAGUCACAGUGGAAAAGAAGUUUGCACUCCGACUGAAAUUCAUUUCGGCUGGAAUGCCAAUUGAUCUAAGCUACAGUUAUCCCAUAAGGAAACCUCCAAGCCCAGACUAUUUUCAUCCAUUUCGUUGAUCAUCG